UACACGGAGAGAGAGAGAGCCAACUAACCACCAAACACACAACAAAAUCCCUAAUUUUUCCAACCGUCUGUCUUGUCUUCUCCGUGGGAUUGCAAAACAAAAUGGGUACAGAAGAGGAAAGUGUACCUGUGGAGCUACCAGCACCUUCUUCAUGGAAAAAACUGUUUUUCCCAAACAAAGUGGGAUCAGUGAAGAAAACAGAGAUUGUGUUUGUUGCUCCAACGGGUGAGGAGAUCAGUAACAGGAAGCAGCUUGAUCAGUAUCUCAAAUCUCACCCUGGAAACCCCUCCAUCACUGAGUUUGACUGGACCACUAGUGGGACUCCUAGGCGAUCUGCAAGGAUCAGUGAUAAGAAGACUAAGUCGACUCCCUCACCAGAUAAAGAGCCGCCUAAGAAGCGAGGUAGAACUAAAUCUUCAGGGUCAAAGAAAGAUGCAGACGAAGAAGGUGAGAAACCAGAGGGAGGAGGAGUGGGGAACUCUCAUGCGCAAGAAGAAGAUACUGAAAUGUCUCCUCUUAAGGGAACGGAAGAGAAUGUAACUGUUAAGGAUGGCUCUGGUGAAACAAAAGACGACAUGGUUGCAGAGGAGACUCCUGAUCCUGCUCCGGUUCAAGAAGCUGGUGGUGAGUCGAUGAAGGAGCAAACACAUGAUCUAGUUGGUGACACUAGCAAGGAGAGUGUGGAGUCUCCAACUAACAAAGAAGAGGCGACUGAGAUCAAGACUGCUGAAGCUAACACUGAGCAGAAGAAGGAAGAUGCAGGCCAAGGCGCACCCGAGUCUGAGCCUGAAGCUGAGACCAAAAGCCACGAGGGAAAUGGCCUGACAGCAGAAGCUGAGGGGAAAGAGAAAGCUGCUGAGUAACCCUGCCCUGCUCUCCUUUUGUUAGAGCAUGAGUUUGUUUCUAUUAAUCUAUUGGAGUAUCCUUUUGCCUUUCUUGCUCUUUUUUUUUGUAUCUAAUUAAUGAUUAAAUCUGUUAAAGAUGAUGUUAUUAGGCUAAAACUGUGUACUAUUUGAAUGACUUAAGUAUUAUGACUAUGCAUGUUCUCUAUGUUGAGGGUUAACUCUUUC